AUGGCGACCUUAGCCACUGUCGACCCUCUCGCCACGCGCACCGCCCGCCACCAUCCGCACCAGCUCGCCGACGCCGCCGCUUUCCACGACUCGGCCGCCAACACCGCGACCCGGCCCGCCGCGGCACCACCACCACCGUCGCACGCCGCCUACGUCCUGUCGUGGACGCCCGACUCGCCCUGGAGAAAGGUCCCUCUCCCUCCAGCGAGCGCCUUCUUCGCCGGCGCCCUCGCAGGCGCAGCAUCUCGCACCGUCGUGUCGCCCCUAGAGCGCCUCAAGAUCAUCCUCCAGGUGCAAGGCGCGUCGGCGCAGUACAACGGCGUGUGGCAAGGCCUCAAGAAGAUGUGGCGAGAAGAAGGGUUCAAGGGCUACAUGCGCGGCAACGGCAUCAACGUCUUGCGGAUAGCGCCCUACUCAGCCGUGCAGUUCUCGUCGUACGAGAUGUUCAAGGGCGCGCUCAAGAGCGACGACGGCUCGAUCGACACGCCGAGACGGCUCCUCGCUGGCUCGCUCGCCGGCAUCUGCAGCGUCGUGAGCACGUACCCUCUCGACCUCGUCAGGUCACGGCUGUCGGUCGAGUCGGCGUCGCUGGGGAUGCGGGAAGGGCGGACAGACGGGAGGAGUACGGGCAUCGUGCGCAUGACUGUGAGGGUCAUGAAGGAGGAGGGCGGCGUCAGGGCGCUGUAUCGAGGGCUCGUGCCGACUUCAGCGGGCGUCGCGCCCUACGUCGCCUUCAACUUUGCGUCGUACGAGCUCCUCAAGCUCCACAUCUCGGGCCUCGACCCGCAGCACCGCCCGCCCAACACGUUCGAGAAGCUCGUGUGCGGCGGCGUCGCGGGCGGCAUCUCGCAGACGCUCACGUACCCGGCCGACUUGCUGCGACGACGGAUGCAGAUGGUCGGGCUCAAGAGCCAGGCGCUCGGGUACCAGUACAAGGGCGCGUGGGACGCCGUGUUUACCAUCAUCCGCACCGAGGGCAUCCGGGGCAUGUACAAAGGCAUCUGGCCCAACCUCCUCAAGUGCUUCCCCGCCAUGUCUGUCUCGUUCGCCGUCUACGAGGUCUCGAAGGAGCACAUGGACGCGUGGAGUGCCGCACGGGCGGAUGCGGAUGCAGCUGAAGACGAGUAGGCUGCGAGGGCGCGGAACUAGACCGGCGACGAGGAGGAGGAGGAGGAGGAGGCCGACGCACAUUCAUCUGCCUCUUGCGCACCUGUACUACCCUUGUCGUCGACUGUAUGCCACUGCCAUAGAGCAUCUUGUCCUCUCG